CCGAAUUACUCGUUCACUCGCCCAACGACAACGUACUGAAUUCCAUCGAAAAAAGUGGUCCGCGUGAAAAACGUGAAAGUCGUGGUAAAACUUACACAAAUUGGGCUAAAAAUAUUAAAAAAACGUAGUGCAACUGCUAUAUUUAUUAUUUUCAAUGAAACAUUAUUGAAAAUUUUGGGAAUAGUGCGAGAAGUGUGCAUUGAAAAAUUGUGCGGUGUGACUGGUGGUGAUUUUUUCGCUGCUGAAGCCCUUUCUACCACUAGCUAUUGGCGAUCAACGAGUAGAAAGGUAAUCGUUGCAGCAGCAGUAGAGGAGCGAGAGAAGCUGGCAUUCGCGCCGUUUCUCGUUUUGUGCGAGUACGACCGCAUUUAUGUUCCAUUUUAAUUUUGACUCAUUUUACAUUAUUUUAAUCGUGUAACACACUUUCGUGAACAUUGGAGAGUUAACUUUGGAACAAUUAACACGUUUUGUUUAAAUAAAUUUAUUAAGUUUAACUUAAAAGUAAACUUGUAAAAGUGUGCAAGUCUUCGGUACAACUACCAGCAUGGAUGCCGCCAAAUUGGAUAAAAUGAAGGUGGUAGACCUUCGUAAAGAGCUGGAGACGCGUGGUCUUGAUACUAAAGGCGUUAAAGCUGUGUUGAUCGAACGUUUGCGGGCAUUCAUAGAAGGUGGAAGUGAUGGUUCAGGCGGCGCUCCAGGCACACCUGGGACGCCGGGUCGGCGAAGUAGACGAACCCGUUCAAUGACUCGUUCACCAUCGCCUUCCCCCGUAAAGGCUGCAGCAGCAGAACCUACUCUUGAAACUCUAGCUGAAGAGGAUGGAAACGCAGCCACAGAAGAGGAUGCACAUAAUGAAGAAAAUGUUCAGCGGGGUGUUAAUGAAGUGCCAGCAGUUGAAAGCGAAAACGAAGAACACGAGACAGAAGAAAAAGAAGAAGAAAAGGAGCACAAUGAAGCCCAGUCUGGUAAAAAAAUAGAAGAAAAUGGUGAUAAUGAACAAGAAGAAGAUCAUGAAGAGGAUGACGGACACGUAGAAAAGCAGGACUCUGAGGUAGGAGGAAAUGAGGGAAAGAAAAUGGAUAUCGAUGAUAGAGACGAAGAAGCUGAAAGGGAUGCAUCGGCAGCAAAGGAUUUAAAAGAAGCAGGCGACAGUAAAGCCGAGGCGAGCAGAAGGAAGCGCUCCCAUUCGCGUUCACAUUCCAAAGAACGUCACGGCCGUUCUAACUCUCAUUCACGUUCUCGGUCAAAAUCGCGUUCACGCUCCAGAUCAAGGUCGCGGUCGCGGUCACGCUCCCGUUCUCGUUCCCGUUCAAAAUCACGAUCUCGCACACCAAAACGCCGCAGUGGCGCCGGUAGCCAUGGUACACCAUCGAAAGCUGAAGAAGCCACAAAUCCUGAAGAUGAACCAACAAUUGAAGACAAACAAUUUGGUUUAAGUUGGUUUGAUUCCGAUUUACAUUUACGUAUUGAUCCUGUCACAUUCACGUCAGCAAAACCCAUGUCUCACGAAGUGUAUUCAUUGAUUUGGUCUGGUGCUCGCACCAACUAUGGCGUGCGUGAAGGCAAAGUGUGUUUUGAAGUACGUUUGGCCGAGGAAACUCAAUUGGGACGAACUCAUCAGUUCCGUGAUGAACCACAUGUGCGUGGUUUUCGUGUCGGAUUCUCUUUACCAAACACCACUUUAUUGCUUGGCGAAGCAGAAAAUUCAUUUGCCUAUUGCGAGUCUGGUCGGAAAGCUACUAACUCAGAAUUCUCUGAAUUUUCCAAACCAUAUCAACUGGAUGAUGUAAUUGGUUGUUACUUGGAUUUGGAUAGUACCCCAUGUACAAUUAAGUACACGUUGAAUGGUGAGGAUCUUGGAGUGGCUUUUGAAUUUGACAAAGAUAUUUUGGGCGAAAGCGAUGCGCUAUUUCCCCAUAUUGUAACUAAGGGCUAUGAGUACCAUGUGAAUUUCGCUGACAAUGAGAAUUUGCUCGCCAAUGUGGAGAGACCAAAGCGUAUGAGGCGUAAACCGAAAAAAGAAAAACCAGUUGAAGCAGAAAAAGAGAAAGAAAAGGAAGAGGAAAAGGAAAAGGAGGCGGAUGGUAAAGCUAAAGAAGAAGGGGAAACCGCUAAGGCGGAAGGUGAACCACCUGAGAAGACUGGGGAAGAGAAAGAAGAUUCCAAUGAAAAGAAUGCUGAAAAUGAAGAUGUUGAAAUGAAGGAAACGGAGGUAGAAAAAGAAAAAGAAUUGGCGAUGGCCGAGGAAAAGGACAUAGAAAAAGAUGAAGAACCCAAACCUACCGAGUCCACUGAAGAACAACCCGAAACUAAAUCUGCUGAUGAUGCCGAAAAGGUUGAAGAAAAUCGUGACACCGCGGCAGCAGCAGAUGAAGAAAAGCCACCGAAAGAAGCUGAAAAUGAAAAGGAAAGUAAGAAAAAAGAUGAUGAAGAAGACGACGGACCUUCGCCAAACAAACGCAAACGUCUCGAUUCUGUAAAACAGAAACGACGUGAGUCCUCCGAGGAUGAAUAUGAGGAAGUCAUUCCAGAACCACGCGAUCCCGUGUCAUUAUUGCCCGACUAUGAGCUUAUCGCUUUGAUACCAGAAGAAAAAUAUGUACCUGGUCCACAGCGACCGAGCAGUAGAAAGGAAUGCGAAGUCAUUCUUUUGGUUGGCCUUCCCGGAGCAGGCAAAACACAUUGGGCAUUACAACAUAUUAAAGAUAAUCAGGAGAAACGUUAUCAUGUUAUAGGUGCAGAUGCAUUAAUUGCUAAGAUGACUAUUGAUGGUGCACCGCGUAAACCCUUACAUAAGGGACGCUGGGAGCGUGUUUACGAGUUGUGCUUGAAUAGCUUGUCUCCCCUUGAGGAGAUUGCAACCAAGCGACGUCGCAAUUUCAUACUUGAUCAGACAAAUGCAUAUGCAUCCGCACAACGGCGCAAAAUGAAAGGUUUCGGCGACUUCAAACGCAUUGCAGUUGUUUGUAUACCAAGUGAAGAUGAAUUGAAACGGCGCAACACUGAGAAAACUGAAAAGGGCAAUGCUAAUACAAUAAGAGAAUCAACAUUAAAUAAUUUACGAGCCAGCUUUACGCUACCCUCUACUGAUCUGGAUUGGUUCGAUGAAGUGAUCUACACUGAUCUAAGCGGCGAUGAGGCAAAGGACGAGGUGAAGCGUUACAACGAGAAAGGCAAGAAGGCAUUGGACGAAAGCCAGCCGAACAAGCGCAAUCGACGCGAUAACUAUCAUCGUGAUGAUCGCCGGCAUCGUGAUGGUGGAGGUGGCGGCGGCGCACGACGCGAUUUCAAUCGUUGGAAUGAUCGCCGCGGUGGAGGUGGUGGCGGUAAUCGCUGGGGCGGCGGCGGUGGUGGUGGCGGCUACCGUCCUGGUUGGCGUGACGAUCGUGGUUAUGGCGGUGGCGGCGGCGGCGGUGGUGGUCGUGGCUAUGACAAUCGUAACAACCGCUAUAGUAAUGGCCCACAAAGUUGGGUCCAAAAUAAUCGUGGCGGUAAUCGCUAUGAUGAUCGCUAUAAUCGUUCAGGCGGCGGUGGGGGUCGUUAUGACUCGGGUGGUGGCGGUGGCGGGCGCUACAACUCGUAUGGUGGUAGUGGUGGCGGAGGCGGCGGCGGCGGCAGUCGUGACUAUCGUGACCGCGAUCACCGUGAACGCAAUGCAGGCGGAGGAGGAGGCGGCGGCGGCGGUCGACGCGAUAAUUAUCGUUCCGGUGGUGAUAACCAGCGGGAUUUUCGGCCUGGCCACCGCGACAAUCGUACAGAAGAUAGUCGCGGUGGCUAUGAACGCUCGGGUGCGGCUGGAGGCGCGGCAGCAAAGUACGGCAAUAAUGCGAAUAACGCCGUCAGUAGCAGCAGCGCCCAUGGUGGCGCCUAUCACGGACACCACCAGUACAGUAGUAGCAAGUCAGCGGGGACAGGAGGCAGUAAGGGCUCAUCGCAAAGUGGCGGUAAAUGGAGUUCCUAUGGUCAGCCACAGUCACAACACCCCCAGCAGCAGCAACAUCAAAUGGCCAGCGGAGGCAAUUGGCAGCAACACGCGCCACAACAUCAACAAUACCAGCAACAGUCCGCCGUGCAGCAACAGUACUGGGGAUAUGGGGAUACGCAAGGCUACGGCAAUGCUCAACAACAGCAGCAGCAGUGGGCUAAUGCCGAUCCCAACCAGCAGCAAGAGUGGCUAGCUUGGUGGCAGCAAAAUCAGCAACAGCCACAAGCGGCAGCCGGUGCGGCUGGUACCAGUGAUGCGAACCAAUACUGGUCGCAAUACUCUUACCAGACACCCCUCGCGGGCAAUGGAAAUGGUGGUGACGCUGCAGUGAAAAAGUGAACAACCUUUCAACUUACGCAGUGACAUAGUACAAUUUUAAUAUACCGCAAGAAAAAUCAGAAACAAAUAAAUAACACAUUUUAAUAACGUACACACAUGUCAACCCGUUAUACGUACAAUCACAUUACUCACAACUACAUGCAGAUAUAGUACGUGACCCUAGCUCACACAUCAAAGAAAUAAGUUUCUUUGUUCGCAACCCUAAACCAGCCAAGAAAAAUUCAUCAUUCUAAUUCAUUUAAUAAUAAAAAAAUUUCAUAUGUAAGUGUGUCCCUCCGGCUAACUACUUACAACAAAACCACUGUUUAAUGCACCACUAACUACCCGUCAUUUUUUGUAAAAUUAAACUUAAAAUUAGUGUAUAAAAAGUAUGAUUAACAUCAAAUUCUUUAAGUUGCUUUCUUUUAUAUAAUUACUGAUUUUAAAAUGUUAAUCCUAUUUUUUUUUCUUUUUUGACUUAAAUGUUCUUGGUUAAUUUUGUCGUUAGUUAAACAUAUUUUUAGCUGUUCCAUUUUUUUUUUUAAUCUUAUACCCUGAACGUUCUCUCCGUGUAAUUCUUCAAGAAUAUAGAAAUUUAUGAAAAUUGAGUAACGUUCUUUAUCUUUGCCUUUUAUCGAUUUUUGAUGAACAUACUAUUGUAUUAAUUAUAUUAUAUUUAAAAGAAUCAUCUACUUAUUUCAAUUGAAAUGUUGCAAACAAAAAUCCAUAUACAUACAAAUUAUUAAACAAUUAGUUGAAGCAAUAGUACACUGGAAGAAAGUAAAUAUUGCGUAAAUCAA